CGAUAUUCUUAUUAAUUAGUAAAAUAAUUAAUUGAUAAAAAGUUUAAAAAAACGUGUUAAUUUCCACCUUGGUUUUCAUAUUAUAAUUUGUGCUAUUACCAAUGUAAUAAAUUUAAAAAAACAUGAUUUUUGAAAUUUUUUCUAAUAAAAGUGUCCGUGUAACUGAUAAUAAUAUCUGUGAUAGCUGACAAUGAUAACAGAGUCGGCUGUCUUGCAACUUGCAAUCGUUCGGAGUCUCAGACAAGUCAGACAUUCUCUGUGUCUAUACGCUUGUAAGGAACUUAGCAAAAGGCAUAUGAAGCAUAAUUUGUCACACGUUUUUUAGUGCUUACUGCGUUUUAUACUGUGCUUCAUAAUAUAAUAUACCUACACAAUAUUAUUACAAUGUCGAUUCCUAAGAGUGGUUGUUCUUUUAAAUGCGUAGUGAAAUCGUGAGGAUAAAUGAAAAUGCAAAAAGAAACUGUUCGUUUUGUUUUCUUUUCCCAAAGUCCUCGCUCGGUGUGAAAUUUGGUUAGAAAGCUAUCAACUGCCUGCUGAUAUUCUAUCAAAAACAAAAUGUUAAAUACUACAUAAUUGACAACUUAUCAAGAAAGUGGAGCCUUCCAAGUUUUUGAAUAGAAAUUUAACUUUAUCAAAAUGAUGUUUUAUUCGGACUGGUCAACAACUAUGAUGGCCAUAUGAUUGUACCUUUUAUAUUGGAUUGAUCAUUGCUGAAACAUCUAUCUUACUGUCGUUUGUCUCAAAUUGAAAAUACGUAUAGACAUGGUUUACUAUGAUUUUUGUGUAAUCAUUCACAGAUGCUUAUGAUGAUGACAUUAGACCAGUCAUUUUUUUCAACAAAUACUCUGUAACACCAGUUAAGAAGUUCAAACUCUAUGUGCACAGAAUAAGAACUGCAAUUUUCAAACAUAUCGUUAUCAUUACCAGAAUUUUCAUUAAAACAAAAACUAUUUCAUCAAUCAAUGUUAUCUAUGUUAUUCAUCGGUAGACACGAGGGCAGAUAAAGAUUAUAACGUAGAACGUUUGGAGCGGACUGCUACGUCGUCGGACCUAAACGGAGAAAUGUACGAAUUACCUAGCCUGUUGAAAACGGCGUACUACGCUUGUAACAAGAUCGAGCGUAACAAGUUCGACUUGAUGGAAGCACCGGACGUGGAUAUCCAAGACUGUUGCGUGGCGCUGUUCGAAAUUUUAAAAAUAGACAAAAACCUAAACGACGGCAAUGAUAGGCUGACCAUGUUCAGCAGAUCGCAAUUCCCCGUCAAUGACCAGAGGUUUAAAAACAUAUGCGAAAAAGCAGCGUUGCACGGGCACAUCGAUUGCCUGAAACUUGCUCACGAGAUCGGCGUCCCUUGGAGCAGUAUGUUAGAUUACGCCGAGGAUAUGGCGUGCGGCAAAGCUGCGGAAUCGGGAAAUCUAGAGUGUCUAAGAUACGCCUCGGAGAACGGGUGCCCAUGGAACGAGAUAACGUGCAGCAAUGCCGCGGAAAACGGUCACAUGGAGUGCUUGGUUUAUGCAAGGGAAAACGGGUGCCCGUGGAACGAGAUGACGUGCAGCAAUGCCGCGAAAAACGGUCACAUGGAGUGCUUGAUUUACGCAAGGGAAAACGGGUGCCCCUGGGACGAGGACACGUGCAGCAAUGCCGCGAAAAACGGUCACAUGGAGUGCUUGAUUUACGCAAGGGAAAACGGGUGCCCGUGGAACGAGAUAACGUGCAGCAAUGCCGCGAAAAACGGUCACAUGGAGUGCUUGGCUUACGCGCGGGAAAACGGAUGCCCCUGGAGCGUGUAUACGUGCUUGCAGGCCGCGGCAGAUGGACAUUUGGAAUGUUUGGCUUACGCACGAGAAAACGGGUGCCCCUGGGACGAGGAGACGUGCAACUGGGCCGCGAAGAGAGGACACCUGGAGUGCUUGGUAUACGCACGGGAAAACGGGUGCCCCUGGAACGAGACGACGUGCAGAUAUGCCGCGGAAGGUGGACAUUUGGACUGUUUGAUUUACGCGCGGGAAAACGGAUGUCCCUGGAACGUGUUUACGUGCAGCGAGGCCGCGGGAAACGGUAGCAUGGAGUGCUUGAAAUACGCACUGGAAAACGGGUGCCCCUGGGAUGAGGAGACGUGCAGCCGGGCCGCGGAAAACGGUCACAAGGAAUGUCUAUUUUACGCACGGGAAAACGGGUGUCCCUGGAACGAGAGUAAUAUGUGCAUUCAGGCUGCGGUAGGUGGACAAUUGGACUGUUUGGUUUAUGCGCGGGAAAACGGUUGCCCCUGGGACAAGCAGACGUGCACCUGGGCCGCGAGAUUCGGUCACCUGGACUGUUUGGUUUACGCGCGGGAAAACGGUUGCCCCUGGGACAAGGAGACGUGCACCUGGGCCGCGAGAUUCGGUCACCUGGAGUGUUUGGAUUACGCACGGAAAAAUGGGUGUCCCUACGACGACUGUCUGCCUUAAGACGGUCAGGAAGAAUAAAUAUAAUAAUUUAAUAUAAAAUUAAUGUACAUAUUUACUAUAGUGAACGAUAAAUGUUUAUUUUUCAAUAAAAUAGACUUAUCUAUUUCCAACGAUAUGUUGCAACAAUAAACUCGGUUUGCCAUUUGAUAAAAUAUUUUAAUUUUUCACAUCAUGUACGAUGGAUUAUACGAGUGAUAUUUUCGUAAUUGACACCAGAGUUUAAAUUAAAUGUAACCUAUUUGUUGUAUAAGUAAAUAAAAAGUGGUUAAUUUAAAUUGCCUAAAAUGUAUAGAUUAGAAUUAGAUAAGUAGUUACAUUAAAACUAUUAACCUAGUAAGUAGUAAGUUGGUAUGUAAUAAAGUAUUUGUAUAAAAUUAUUAUGAAACUAAUUAUCUUACAGUCUUCCAUAUUUUUUGACAAAUGUACAUAUUUAAGGCAUAAUUAAUAACUGUGUAUAAUAUUAAUAUUAUCUUGACUAUUUUGGUAAAAAUUUGGUUUUGUUAAACUGCUGUAAAUACUUAAUAAUAAUUUUAGAACUUAAAUUUAUCUGUGCUUUGAUGAUUUGAAUAAAAUUACAGAGGGAAGUAGUAUGAGA